AUGCCGGGCAUGCAGCGUAACACAACCUUCACAAAGACCUUUAUUCGCAAACCGGGUCAGCGCAAUGACACCUCCAUACCCUUGCACACCGAGGCGCCGCCUCCCCUCCGCCAACCCACACGCAUCGCCCGUGCAAAGACCCUCACGCGUCCCGAGAGGAGCCAGCCCCAAGUCCCUCUGAUCAAUCCCUCCAGCGGCGGCCCUGGCUUCUCCGCCGCCUCCUCGUCCAAAUCCGGCUUCUCCUGGUGGACCGGCUUUUCGCUCGUAGUCACCUUUUGGGCUCCCAGUCCCGUCCUCAUGGCCUGCUGUGGACUCAAAGAUACCGGCAGUAGACAGGCAUGGCGCGAAAAGGUCUCGCUCGUCUUUCUCGCCAUCCUUCUCGGUGGCUUCAUCGGCUUCAUCACCAUGGGUCUCAACGCUGCCCUCUGUCCCUCGGCUUCCAGCAACUCGCCCAAGACCUACUCUAGAAUCGGCACCGGUGGCGCCAUCCUCGGCGUUCAGGGUUGGGCUUUCGACAUCGCCCAAGCGCAUCACUUGCCAGAAGCUCCUUCCCUCUUCAGCCUGUCCACAUCCAGGCCCGGCUCCGAUAUUUCGUCCCUCUUUGGCAGGACCACCUCCGCCGACUUCCCUGCGUGUCAAGGCACCACCGCUGCUUAUGCUGCCGACCCCACCUGUGUCGCUCUCAACGGCACCGCCUUGACCAGCUGCCCGCUCGGCACGCUCGCCCCCGCCACGUUCGCACAGUACGGCAUGACCAACGAGACGAGGAGGAUCGGCUAUGGCUGGGAGGACAUCGAGUCCGGCAACUUUACCAACUUCAUGGUCCUCGAUGGAGCCGUACUCAACAUGACACCGUACCUUCGAGCCAACCCGAGCCCCAUCGCCGGCGACGUGGUCGAUGUUGCCAUCCGUCAGCAGCUUGCGAGCAGCCUCAAAGGUGGCAGGGACGCAACCAUGACCUUCUACACCAAUCCCACCGCACGCAACGCCAUCAAGUGUCUGGUUCAAAAGUACCAGGCGGGCCGCAUCGACAAGAUUACUCCGGGCUGCUUCAUCUCCAACCUCGUCCUCUACUGCUCGCUUGUCGUCAUCUUGGCCAUCGUGCUCAUCCGCUUCUUCAUGGCCGUGUGGUUCUCUUGGUUCAUGGCUGGCAGGAUGUCGUCCACCCCGCGUCCCUCUCGCAAGCGCAAGGUGGCUCCCAACGUGCUCCCGGAGGGCGCCAUGGUCUCGGUCAACUCGUCCGGCGCAGCUCCUUGGGCCAACAAGCAGCGCCCACCGCCUUCGCAGCCCGUACGACGCAGACGCGACUCGACCCAGUCUGCCACGCCAUCGGCCCCCGACAGCCUCUCUGUGCAGCACAUCGGCACUGAGCCCUACGUCGUCUGCCUCGUCACCGCCUACUCGGAGAACGAGGACGGCAUUUCGACCACGCUCACCUCGCUCGCAGAGACGGAAUACUCGGACCAGCGCAAGCUGCUGUUCGUCGUCGCCGACGGAAUGGUCACCGGAUCGGGCGAAGCCAUGAGUACGCCCGACGUCUGCGUCUCGCUCCUCGAAGCCGACCCGCGGUUCGGCACUCCGACGCCCAUGAGCUUCGUCUCGAUCGCAGCGGGCAAGAAGGAACACAACAUGGCCAUGGUCUACGCCGGUCACUACACGCGCGCGCGCGGGAGACGCACACCCAUGGUCGUCGUCGUCAAGUGCGGCUCGCCCGAAGAGGCCGGCGACGCGAAACCGGGCAACCGAGGCAAGCGCGACUCGCAGAUGAUCCUGAUGAACUUCUUCCAGCGCGUCACGUACAACGACCGCAUGACGCCGCUCGACUACGACCUCUUCCGGAAGGUGCACACGCUCAUGGGCGUUACGCCCGACUUUUUCGAGCUGUGCCUCAUGGUGGAUGCCGACACGAUGGUGUAUCCCAAGUCGAUGAAGACGUUAACCAACUGCAUGAUGCGCGAUCCCAUGAUCAUGGGCGCGUGCGGAGAGACGCGCAUCGCCAACAAGACGCAGAGCUGGGUCACCAUGAUCCAGGUGUACGAGUACUUCAUCUCGCAUCACCAGGCGAAGGCGUUCGAGUCGGUGUUCGGAGGUGUCACGUGUCUUCCCGGAUGUUUUUCGAUGUACCGCAUCAAGGCGAGGAAGCAGACGGACGACGACUGGGUGCCCAUCAUUGUGAAACCCGAGGUGACGCGCGAGUACAGCCAGAGCGUGGUGACGACGCUGCACCAGAAGAACCUGCUGCUGCUGGGAGAGGAUCGAUUUCUGACGACGACACUGCUGCGAACCUUCCCGAAUCGCAAGAUGGUGUUUUGUCCCGAAGCGCGGUGCAAGACCGAGGUGCCGCACACGUUCAAGAUGCUGCUGUCGCAACGUCGACGAUGGAUCAACUCGACGAUCCACAACCUGAUGGAGUUGGUGCUGGUGCGCGAUCUGUGCGGAACGUUUUGCUUUUCGAUGCAGUUUGUUGUGUUCAUGGAUCUUCUCGGCACGGCGGUUUUGCCCAUCUCGAUCGCGUUGACGUACACGCUGGUGGUGACGUACUGCAUCAAUCCACCGCACUCGUUCACGGAGGCGAUCCCGCUGAUGCUGCUGGUGGCGGUGAUCGGUAUGCCUGCGCUGCUGAUCCUGCUGGCGACGCGCAAGGUGGUGUACGUGCUGUGGAUGUUGAUCUACCUGGUGGCGUUGCCGGUGUGGAACUUUGUGCUGCCCGUCUACUCGUUCUGGCACUUUGACGACUUUUCCUGGGGAGAGACGCGCAAGGUGGAGGGAGAAGCAAAGCAGACGGGCCACGGCGACGAAGGUGGAUCUGCCACCGGGAACGCGGUUCCGCUUCGAAGGUGGGAGGAUUGGGAGCGAUCGCGUCUGCGCAAGAAGAAGCGCGAGGAGAAACGACGCCGCGAUUUGGAACGUCAGUUCGGCAGCGGAUUCCACAACGACGCGGGCUCCGACGGAGAUCCGGACCGCAAAGAAGCAGGAACGCCGCUGUCUCGCCGCGGCAGCGACUCGUUCAGCGACACGGUCACCGUGAGCGACUUUGACGACGACAAGUGGGGCAACCAGAUCGGAGGAUACGACGAAUCUCUCCCGCCACCCGUGCAGAUCGUCCGCCACUCUGUCUGGGUGGGCGACCAAGAGGUCAUCAUCGACACGGAGGACAUGGAGAAGAUGCUCGAAACCGGCUGGGACGACAAAGCCUUCCGUUUGCGCGGUAAGCCUCUGCAGCAGCAGCAGCAACCGCAGUACCCGUCGGCGGUGAAUCGAAACCGGCUAUCGCAGAUGGGGAUGUUCCCGGCGAAUCGAAAUGCACCUGCGGUGCCCGAGGUUCCGUCGCGGUACAGCGCCUAUGUGAGACCUGCUCCUGCGCCGGGUGUUGGGGUUGGAGGGAGGUACGAACCGGGUAGCUACGAGAUGGAGCGUACGCCUAGUCCCGGAGAGUACGCGAGUCUGAUGCGUGGGGGGUCGGAGCAAGGGUUUGCCGGACAACAGCAGGGGCAGCAAGUGUAUGGACAUUCGUCGGCGCUUGGACAGACGCAACAUGCUAGGCAGAGGUCGGGAGGGAACAGUCACGAACAGCGGUUGAUGGGAGCACCGUCGUCGGGUGGAGGUAGGAGCUAUCACGAUCGGUUUGGGUAG